AGGGCCGAAAGUUCCAGCAUUUUGAAAGCUUUAUCAACACUGAUGAUGUAAAGUUUUGUCACGCUGGGCACCAUCUUGUGAGACAGAACCAAUAGGAGGAGAUGCCUGAUGACUUCGAGUUUGGCGGUGGUAAGGCCCUCGACGUUGAGUUGGAGCACUGACAGGCCUUGGUUUUCGAUGGUAGGGGUGUCCGCCCGUCCUGCGGAGGACGUUCUCUGCCUUGGUCUUGACCUUGGUCUGCCAACUCGAUGAUUCUUCGGCGACAUUCGUUUCAUGAGUUAGUCUUGCACCAUUUCUCGUAACUCGCAGGAGAGGCCCCGUGAAGGCUGUCGUCUUCUCUCGGGCACCACCAGGCAGGCUCAAGUCUCGCCAUGCCUACAACAAGGCGGCACAAGAGAUGCUACAGUCUAUCCCUGAUGACUUGUCCAGAGAUGCCUGGCUGGCAGCAUCCUGGAGACAGACUUGGGAGACGGCUGGGCCCUCCCGCAUCCAACGAUACAUUAGGGACCCAGGAGGCGGUGUGAAAGGAGAAGACCUGCCACGCCACCUGUGGACCUCGCUGAACCGUCUACGUACUGGGGUCGGCCGCUCCAAGUCAUCUCUGAAGAAGUGGGGCCUAUCGGACAGUGCGGCAUGCGAGUGUGGCGAACCUGAACAGACUGCCGAGCCCAUAAUCACCGGCUGCCCCCUAUACAGCCCACCCUCAGAAGCUGGCCUAUUUGACUUGGGACCAGAGACGAGGGCGUGGCUGCACGACACCGAGUUGGCCAUCUGAUGAUACACGAAAGAAGAAGAAUAGGAGGAGUACGUUUCUGCAAUAAAGGAGGCUGUAGUUUCAGGGUUAUUUAUUAUGUGGAACUAACCUUUAAAACUAGAAGGGCUGCCAUGUAAUAGACCUCCCUAUGUGUGGUGAUGGCUCGCUUAACCUGUGUGCAUGACUGCCCAAGAGGUGUGCAGCCUCACUCUGCCCUAGACUCCAGUCAGUCUGACUCAGGCCAGGUGAGAAUUCAUCAAACCGCCAUCAACCACACAUACUCUACUCCUAAAACUAAAGUCCUGGAAUGGAAGUAGUAUUUAUUCAUCUAUAAAAUAAAUAGGGAACUAGAAAUGCUCUCCAAAAAAUUAGGUCCUGAAACUAAAGAUAAAACCCUGCUCGUUCUAACAUAGCCCGCUCGCCAUCGUGUUAUAGCGUCAACUUCACAUUCCCUGCAUCCCUUUUUUUUCUUGUUGUUUGUGAUCCAAGGUCUGCUGUAUGCUUGGAUUUUCAAAGUAGUGCAACAGUUAGGGUCAAAUAAUGACUUAAAUAUAUAACAAAAUGAUUAAUAUGCCGUUUUGUGAUAGUAAGUCACAUUUCAAUUUACUGUUUAUAUAUAUUGUACACCAAAAAUUUGCAAAAGUGAAUGUUAAAAAGGCUGUUGAGUUUGCUCGGUUUGCAGUAUGUCAUCUGUCUGUCCGUCUAUCUGUAUUUAAAGCUUUCUAUCUGACCUGCAGAAGAAUAUUGACCAAUGUUUUGUUCAUAAACCUCCUAAUAACAUGACAGCUAUACUAUAACCAAUGACUUGAUUUAUUGAAAUUCAGUUUUAUUCUAAUAAAUUCGAUUGUUGUUUGGUUACUGGUUAUUUUGGAGGAAUAAGCGAUGUGGAUCCAGUGUGUUCGGACACAGGGAAGUGAUUGUGUCAGGGUUUUAUUUUUAGAGGAUGAUUCACAAGUCUGCACAGGUUGGACUUCCACACACAAGACUACAUUUCAUGUUGUAUAUAGUUGAAGCUACGUUUGGACAUGAGUGAUUGGUUGCAUUACAUUUAGUCUAACGAGCAGUCCUCUCUUUUGUCAACUGUGAGCAGAAUAGCAUGGCAUGAAAGAGCUCCUGGGGAGAAAAAGUUAAGCAACUAAAACCGAUCUGGAUGGAAUGCACUUAUACAAUAAUGUAUUGCGGUUUCAUUGACUGACGUGCAGUUCAUAAUCUGCUUCUGUUGCAGUACUGCAAACUAGUCUUGCUUCAGCCUCUUGCUCCUUGCCCUUUCUCCCUCUCUCCCUCCAUCCCUGUGUGUGUGUGUGUGUCUCUCUCUGUCUGUCUCUCACUCUUUCCCUGUCUACCACAGUCUCUCUCUCUCUCUGGUUCUCUCACUGUCUCCCUCAGUGUCUCGUUCUCUGUCUGAGCUGAUCUUCUGUCUGGACACCAUGAUCCUAGUGGAUUUUUUUAUGUUAGCGGGGGCUCUCUCCUGGACGGCGGCGGGGGGCUCCUCCCCUGUCCCGUCCGUCCCCGGUCGAGUCCAGGCGCUGGCCGGGUCCUGUGUGGUGGUCCCCUGCUCCUUCCCCCCCCUGGCUGCUCCCCUCAGGAGGGGCGGGGGCCGGGUGGAGGUCCGGCUGAAGUUCACAGGAGGACGCCGUUUCCUUUCGAGGAGCACCGCCUUCAACAGCGAGGACCCCCGUCACGUGGCCGGGGAGUACCUCAGACGGACCUCCCUCCACGGGCGGAUCUCAGAGGGGGACUGUUCGCUGAGACUGGAGCAGGUCCGCCUGCAGGACUCACGGGCCUUUGAGGUCGCCUUGAAGGGCCCGGAGGAGGGGUACUGGGGGACCCCGAGGGCCUUCACCCUGGAGGUCUCUGAACACCCUGAGUCCCCCGUCAUCAGCGGGCCGGUUUCCGUCACCGAGGGACAGCCCGUCUCCCUGAACUGUACGGUGGGCUCCUUCUGCCCGUCCAGACCGCCCGUGCUGCGCUGGCACUGGGAGAGAGGAGCCCCGCCCAACAGCAGCAGCAGUGAUGGAGGGGGACGUCAGCUCCUCCUCCAACACCAGCCCCACCGGCCCCUACUGCUCUCCUCGCUCUCCUUCACCGCCUCCUCCACGGCCAAGCCCAGAGUCCGGUGUGAAGCCACCUACCCUGGAGGAGCCGUGGUGGGCGCGCUCAGGGAGCUCCACAUCACCUUCGCUCCCAGGGAGGUGAGGGUGGAGGUGCGCUCCCUGGUGGUGCAUGAGGGGGGCAGCGUGCUGCUGGAGUGUGCGUGUAAGGCCGACCCCCCUGUCACCACCUACCGCUGGUCCUACGUACUGCACGGCCACACCGUGGCCCUCGACGCGCACACGCACGCCACACGCAUCUACAACGCAACCAGAGGCACGCUGGUCCGCUGCUCGGCUUACAACCUGAUUGGUCGAGGGGAUUCCCAGCCCACGCCGUUGGACAUCCAAUACAAACCACUCAUCCUGCGCCCGCUCUCGUACUGUUUGCUCGCGGAGUUUGAGGUCACAUGUGUUUGUAUCGUGAACUCGAACCCGCGGGCUGCGGUGAGGUGGAGUGUGAACGGGAGUGUGCCCUCUGGUGGGUACAACGUGUCGGUGGAGGGGGACUCGAGUGAAGUGAGGUCAUGGCUGCACUGGCGGAUGGACGGACGACAAAGGGUCACAUGUCUGGCGGAGAACCAGCUGGGAGAUGACUCGCUGACCCUCAUGCAGCCCGGAGAAGUGAGCUCCCCCUGGUGGCUUGUGGCGGUAGCAGCGGUCUGUGUCCCUGCGUGCACCUCAUCUCUGCUGCUGCUGUACUGCUGCCGUCGACGCAAGAGAGUACGGCGUGUGUUGAACAGACACCGUGGUGCAUAUCUCAGGGACAUGGCAGUUAAGACUCCGCUCUAUAUUAACUGCACGGAGGUGACACAUGUCUAUUGCAACGGCAGCUAUCAACUGGUUUACCAGAACGCCACGCCCCUCUUUGUACGCACCAAUCAGGCUCGGCCGAUAGGAAGAAGAGGAGGAGAGAGGCGCAUGCGAGCAAGAAGAGAGAGAGGAAGAAGAGAUGGAGCGACACGAAGGGAGACGAGCAGCAGAGAGGAAACGGAGACGGCCAUCUACGUUGAGAUCCUCUGACACUUCGCACAUCCAUAUGUUUAUAAUUUGAUUAAAGGACAACAUGUAACAUAAAGAGAAAUUAAAACAAUUCCGUUUUUAUUUUUUUAUUCAAAGACGACGCCACCUCUUGAUAUGAGUAAUCAUCAGGCCUUCAUGGUAGCAUCCUCCCCUUUGUGGUAUCAGAAAAACUCACUUUAUCUUAACAUUUCAACUGAUGAUGAUUUCUUAUUUCCCUUGACCAUUUGUUGUGGGGGUCGUCUGUCCCUCACAUGAACUUUUAUCCAUGUGGUCGUUGUGAGGUGUUGUGCAUUUCUGUAUACAUAAAAGAAAAACACUUAAAAGUC